GAAUGCAGUCGUGAGCCGCGGAGCGGAUAAACAUACUUUUAUUUAUAGUUUUAAUCGAAUAAACUCGUGUAACAUUCGUGAAUACGUGUGCAAACCGGGAUACAAUAAAUAUGAGUAUUGCUGCACUGAUCCAAGCUGCUGAAUACAUCGAAAGGCGCGAUAGAGUUUUCUUUGUUGCAGAAGCGGAACACGGUUACGCGUCGAGUUUACCGGCGUACGAAGAGUCUCGGACUGGAAACAAGCGUCCGAAGACGAAGAAAUCGCAGGGCAGCAGGACCACUCAUAACGAGUUGGAAAAGAACAGGAGAGCACAUCUUAGAAGCUGCUUGGAAAAACUUAAGGAUAUGGUACCACUAGGCCCUGAAGCAUCACGACACACCACAUUAGGAUUAUUAACAAAAGCCAAAAGAUUUAUAAAGAGUAUGGAAGAAAGAGAAAAGCGGCACACAACCCACAAAGAGCAAUUAGCGAGGGAGCAAAGAUUCCUCCGGCGGCGGUUGGCGCAGCUCCGAUCAUCCCCUCGAGAUCACAGCUUGCGAAGUCUCUCUGAGAGCUCGAUGACGCACGGGCAUUCCACACGAGCAGAUUCAUUCUCGUCACUGGAGUCGUCAUCGGGCGUCUCCACAGCUGAGAGAUCACCCUCAUCAGUCUCCGAGAGCGAUGAGGUGGACGUCAUUGGAUACACGUCGAACCAGAGCGACAGCGAGUCGCUGGUGUCUGGUCACAGCGGCGACAGCGGCGUGGGCGUGGUGCGAGCGCGACGAGGCCGGGCCGCCUCCCCAUCGUCUUCGCCCGUGGCCGCUCCGCUCCACUACACCAGCGCGCGCCCGCGCCGGUCGGCACGCUCCACGAGGGUUUAGGUGGGCAGUAGCGGCGCGGGACGCGAGGGGCGCGGAGCGGGCGCGGGGUGCGCCGACGCUCAUCGGCGUUGUAACUUCGUAACGUAAAAACGUAGAACAUUUUGUUGAUACAUGUACUAAGGCGAAUGUUGUUUCUGUGACUGAUCGGAACGGUGA